UCAAGAUGUUCUGCUGCUGAAGCCAACAGCCACAUCAAACCCCUUCCUCAGAUGCCAAGCCACAACCACCACCCCCUCCCAUUACGUAGACCAAUCAGAAACCAAAGAUUAAGAAAUGAACACAUCUUUAUUCUCAUGUGGAAGAAUCUACUAAAUGCAUCCUAACACCAAACUAAGCACACUGGAAACAAACCUUCAGAAAGAAAAAUGGAUCACUUGUCUUGGUCAUCAGAAACAAACAGCUUUCGACGUUUCACCCCUGAGUCCUUGGCAGCAAUUGAGCAAAGAAUUGCUGAGAAAAAAAAGCAGCCAGACAAAGAAAAAGAGAAGAAGAAGGACCGAGGAGUUAAAGAACAACUUACUCCCCAGCUUGAUCUGGAAAUCUGCAAAAAGCUGCCAUCUCUUUAUGGGGACAUUCCAUCAGAGCUCAUUGGGGAACCCCUGGAGGAUUUUGAUCCGUACUACAGUGAUCACAAGACUUUUAUGGUGCUAAAUAAAAAGAGGACUAUUUUCCGGUUUACUGCCACACCUGCCUUGUGUCUAUUUGGUCCUUUUAAUCCAGUCAGAAAAGCAGCAAUUAAAAUUCUGACCGAUUCAUAUUUUGUUGGCAUUAUUAUAUGUACCGUGUUACUCAAUUGUGUGGUUAUGACUGUACGUUGGCUCCCACCAUCACUCAGCUGGACUGAAGGUGCUUUUACUGGCAUAUAUACUACUGAAAUAUUGAUAAAAAUAGUAGCAAGGGGAUUUGUUUGGAAUGAAUUUACCUUCCUUCGAGAUCCGUGGAACUGCUUGGAUCUUUCUAUUAUUAUCAUAAUGUACGUUACUAUGUUUCAAAAAAUAGGCAAUGUUUCAGCUCUUCGAACUUUCAGAGUGCUGAGGACUUUGAAAACCAUUUCAGUAAUACCAGGUUUGAAAAUCCUGGUAAAUUCAAUUGUUGAAUCCGUUAGGAAACUUGCUGACGUGUUGAUCUUGACUGUAUUUUGCUUGAGUAUAUUUGCCCUAAUAGGCCUCCAACUUUUUAUGGGCAAUUUAAGACACAAAUGUGUCCUCAAUAAUAAUACUGUGUACAAUGACUCAUUAUGUAAGGAUCCCAAGAUCUAUGUACCAAGUGAUGAAGAUAUCUGCCACAGAAUGAAUGGCUCUUCUGAGAUAUUGCUCUGUGGGUUCAGUUCAGAUCCCGAGAAAGAGUGCCCAGAAAACUAUACCUGCCAGAAGAUUGGGCAGAAUCCUGACUUUGGUUACACAAGUUUUGAUCAUUUUGGCUGGGCCUUCCUCUCUGUAUUCCGUCUGAUGACACAGGAUUCCUGGGAGCGUCUCUACAGACAGACUAUCCGUACAUCUGGAGUGACCUCCUUUUUUUUUUUUAUGGGAGUCAUCUUUUUCUGCUCAUUUUAUCUCUUCAAUCUGAUCUUGGCUGUAGUAACUAUGACGUAUGAAGAGCAAAACAGAUCCAAUCUUGCUGAAACAGAGGCCAAGAAAAAACUGCUUCAGGAUGCCCAACAAAUUCUAGAGAAAGAACAGGAGUUGGCUGCAGCAGAAAGCAGUAACACCUUGCAGGUUGGGUCUGAAAUGCCAGUUGAUGACUCGACAAAUUUGAAAGGAAAUGAGAUUAAUGAGGAAAAAGUUAUUUUAAGACAAAAUGUAAUUUUAGGUGAUCAGGAGAAAGAGGAGCAAAUAUUUCAUUCACAGCCUGGUCACUGCCACAAGAAGCUUAGGAAGAUCCUGCUGUCCUAUGAUGUGUCAGUGGAUUCUAUUAAUGAUCCUUUCCGAAGACAGAGGUUAAUGAGUGCAGCUGCUAUUCUUACAGACUUUUCAGUUGCUCAGAAAUCAAAAGUGAAACGUCCUGCAUUGUCGAAGCGUUUUGCUUCAAAGUAUCUAAUUUGGAAUUGUUGUCCAUUCUGGAGAGCAGUCAAAGAGAAGGUGAAAUUGGUGAUUUUGGAUCCAUUUGUUGAACUCUUUAUCAUGGUUUGCAUUAUCUUGAAUUCCUUAUUCAUGGCUAUGGAGCACCCUGGCAUGUCAUUAGAAACCAGAGAAAUGAUUACUAGAAGUGACCAGGUCUUCACCCUGAUUUUUACACUAGAAAUGAUCUUGAAAAUCAUUGCUCUAGAUCCUUACUACUAUUUUCAGAACAAGUGGAAUGUUUUUGAUAGCUUGGUUGUUUUGAUUGGCCUAGUGAGCUUUGAAGCCAGUCUGUCACUUUUCAUGGCGGUAAUGAUUUUUUUGCUAUUUUUUAAAAACACGUGUAUUAUCAGGAUCUUCAAAUUGGCAAAGUAUUGGCCAGCCUUAAAUACUCUUAUGAAAAUAAUUCUAAACUCAUGUGGUGCUCUGAGUAACCUCACUCUGGUUUUGGCUAUCACUGUAUUUAUUUUCGCUGUACUAGGAAUGCAGCUUCUGGGCAGUGAUUAUGAAACAAACUUCUGUAAUAUAAGCACCAGUGGGGAGUUACGCUGGCAUAUGAAGGAUUUCAGUCAUUCAGUCCUGAUUGUAUUCCGAAUAUUAUGUGGAGAAUGGAUUGAAAUGAUGUGGGAAUGUAUGGAAGUGGCUGGAAAACAGAAAUGUAUUCCAAUUUUCUUGCUAGUCCUGGUGAUAGGAGACCUGGUGGUGCUCAACUUGUUCAUUGCCCUGCUGCUGAGUUCGUUCAAUACUGAUGCCUCGGGAGGACAAGAGGAACCUGGAGAAGGGACUAAAUUUCAGAUUGCCCUUGCACAGAUUCACAGGGGCCUGAAGGCUGUGAAAGACAGAAUUCUGAAUCCUUGUUGCAGAAAAAUGAAAGGAAGCCUUAAAAAGACAGACAAAAAGAAGACUUUGGAAGAAAAUUCUGGCAAAAACAAAGAGGAUAAUAAUCGUGUCUGUGUUCCCAUUGCAAAAUCAGAGAGUUACAGUGACAAAAGUGAUGAUGAGCACAUUGUAUUCACAGAAACAGAACACAGAAAACAGGGAGACAGAUUACGACAUAGAGAACAACGGCAGAGUUCAGGCAGCUUCAGUCAGAUUUCUGGGACUCCUGAAUCUAUAAAUGUUUUCAUAAUAACACAUGAAAAGCAAGAGCAAAAAGAGAAAUGUGGUGCCGCUCACUGCUCUUCUGAAGCCAGCAGUGUGGAUGCAGCUGUUGGUCUGGAGAGGUUUUUCCAGACUGAAAAAUCACACCUGCCUAAGGACUGUUUUGCAGAAAAUUGUGGUAAAUGUUUCCCAUGUUGUGUAGUGGAUAUCACUAAGUUUCCAGGCAGAAGUUGGUGGAACUUCAGGAAAACCUGCUACAGAAUUGUUAACCAUAGCGGGUUUGAAUAUUUUGUGAUUUUUGUGAUAGUAUUGAGCAGUGCAGCACUGGCAUUUGAAGAUAUUCACCUGCAGAAUAGACAAACAGUGAAAAUGAUCCUAAAUUAUGCUGAUAUAACAUUUAGCUACAUCUUUUUGCUGGAGAUGCUUCUGAAAUGGGUAGCUUAUGGAUUGCGCAGUUACUUCACAAAUUCCUGGUGUUUGCUUGACUUUGUCAUUGUAUGUGUAAGUAUCAUAUUCAGCUUGUCAUACAUUUUGAUUUUUGACAUUUUAAGUGGCCUGAAAUCUCUCAGGACUCUUAGAGCAUUGAGGCCUCUACGAGCUUUGUCAAGAUUUGAAGGGAUAAAGGUUGUUGUCAAUGCACUCCUUGGAGCUAUCCCCUCAAUCUUCAAUGUUUUGCUCGUCUGUGUUGUUGUUUGGCUCCUAUUUAACAUUGUAGGAGUAAAAUUGUUUGGGAAAAGAUUUUCAAAGUGCAUACUCCAGGAAGGAGAUAUCAGUCUCAUUAAUACCAAAAGUGAUUGUGAGUCCUAUGGUGGAAAUUGGACAAAUUAUCCUGUAAACUUUGAUAAUGUUGGAAUGGGAUACUUGGCUCUGCUCCAAGUGGCAACUUUUAAAGGUUGGAUGGAUGUUAUGUAUGCAGCAGUGGAUUCACGUAAGAUGAAUGAACAGCCAAAGUUUGAAGCAAACUUUUAUAUGUACAUAUACUUUGUGGUUUUCAUUAUUUUUGGAUCUUUCUUCAUGCUGAACCUUUUUAUUGGAGUGGUUAUCAACAAUUUUAACCAACAAAGGAAAAAGUUAGGUGGAAAGGAUCUAUUUUUGACUGAGGAACAGAAAAAGUACUAUAAUGCCCUAAAAAAACUUGGAUCCAAGAAACCUCAAAAACCCAUCCCAAGACCAUCGAAUGCAUUCCUGGGAUUGCUGUUUGAUAUCGUAAUGCACAAAGCAUUUGACAUCAUCAUUCUGAUUUUCAUCUGCCUUAAUAUGUUUGUUAUGAUGGCAGAAAAUAACCAGGAAGGCACCAAGGAACUUCUUAAUAAAAUCAACUAUUUUUUUGUGGCUGUAUUUACAGCAGAAUGUGUCAUGAAAUUGCUGGCCUUAAGACAGCACUACUUCAAAAGCGGCUGGAACUUAUUUGAUUUAAUUGUUGUGGUCCUUUCAAUAGUUAGUAUUGGGGUUUCUGAAGCCUUUGAAAACUUCGUCUCUCCGACACUUUUGAGAACUAUUCGUUUGGUGCGAAUUGGCCGAAUCCUGAGAUUGGUUCGAAGAGCGAGAGGAAUUCGAACCCUUCUCUUUGCAUUACUGAUGUCUCUUCCUGCACUGGUCAACAUUGGCCUUUUGCUUUUCCUGAUUAUGUUCAUUUAUGCCGUUGUGGGCAUGGCAAACUUUGCCUGUCUUCCCUGGGAAGGUGGGAUUGAUAACAUUUUCAACUUUCAAACCUUUUCUGGUAGCAUUCUCUGUCUCUUCCAAAUUACAACAUCAGCUGGCUGGGAUAGUCUUCUGGCCCCUUUGUUAAGUGAAUCUGGUACAUGUGCUCCCAACUUAAAUUUAACAGAUACAGAUAAAACUACUUGCAAAAAUAGAGCAUUUGGAAUUUUUUAUUUUGUAAGCUAUGUCAUUAUAUCUUUUCUCAUUGUUGUAAAUAUGUACAUAGCUGUCAUUUUAGAGAACUUCAAUGUUGCCACUGAAGAAAGCACAGAUCCUCUUUGUGAGGAUGACUUUGAUAUGUUUUAUGAGACCUGGGGAAAAUUUGAUCCUCUGGCCACACAGUUUAUUGACUAUUCUGCUCUUUCAGACUUUGCAGAUGCUCUGGCAGAACCCUUGCGCAUUCCAAAGCCCAAUAGCAUCCAGCUCAUAUCCAUGGACCUCCCUCUAGUGAGUGGAGAUAAGAUCCACUGCUUGGAUAUCUUGCUUGCUUUCAGUAAACGAGUCUUGGGAGAAUGUGGAGAUUUUGAUACACUUAAAUUACUCAUUGAAGAAAAAUUUGUGGCUGCCGAUCCAUCUAAAAGUUCUCACAGGCCAAUUUCUUCUACAUUUAAGAGAAAACAAGAGGAGGUAUCAGCAGUUAUUAUCCAAAGGGCCUUCAGGAGGUAUUUGAUACAGCGUUCUUUCAAAAAUACAUCUUUCUUAAGCCGUCACAGUCAGACCAGUGCUGUCUUUGGAGAAGAAACGCGGGAGAAGCAAAGGCUUAUUGUAUCAAUGCUUAAUGAAAGCAGUGGCAGGAAGAUACAUAAAUCACGGCCUGUUUCUUCCACAUCUCUCCCUUGACUUUAUGAUGCUGUUGCUGACACAAACAAGCUGGACACAUAAGGUUACCCCAGGCUGCAGCAUUUUUGACAUUUAAAGCAAAGUAACUUGUUUUCAGAUGGAGACAAUAUGUGAACCCCAGAGCCUAAUACUCUAAAUUUAGAAUAAUGAUGGCAGCCUUCAAGCAUUGUGAUUGUUCAAAUUUUCAAAUUCUCCUUAAAAUGAUUAAGAUCUGAACAACUAUGUCAUAAAUAUUGGAGGAAAAUCAAACCAUAGAACUUUUUUCUCUGCUACUGGAGUAGGUUGGUUAAUAUUUUCACCUGCCAGUUUUGUCUUAGUUCAUGUGUUUAUGGAAGUAAUCUGUAAAAGAUCAGUUGUAAGCACAGAUUUAUAAACACACAAGGCUCUAGAAUAAUGAAUAUCUCUUUAGAGAUAACCAAUAUUUCCAACUAGGCUUUAUUGUAGCAAAAUGAAUAAUUACUGCAUUUCUGUAAUAGAGCUCAUUCAGGACACUCGAGUAUAAUCAGCCUCUAAUUUUGAUGGUUUUGGGACCAUUCUCCUCCUAGCAUGUUUGGGUGGAUUUGUUUAUGCUUAAGAAUUUUGGAGGUGUCUUUAUAUGUGCACCUAAAUGGAUUUAACAGAUCAUCCUCAGUUGCCUGUGCUUGAAAGUUGUAUAUAAUUUGUUCUUUGUCUCAAUCAGUGUAUGAAAACUGUCAUAAUCAUAGCUACCAAAACCAAAGGAUGUUAUACAAGGGGUAUUGCUUCUGGAAAAUCUGGAAAAUCAUUGUACAUAAAAUUUAAUCAUCACUCAAAUGUCAUAGAAAGCAUUACUUAGUAUUCUGAAAAGGAGUUCAUGGUAUAUCUUAUGAGACAACAUUUAAUAAAAGCUAAGGGAAGCGUUUAUUUGAUUGAUUCUGAAAAAAUAUACAUGAACAAUUUGUAAUAAUAUUUUAGUGAUUCUUUUGCAGUUUAUGUUAUUCAGUGUCACGGUGGAUUCAGGACCACCAAUAAAAUGCGACUGGUUUAGAUUCUUCAAUAAAGA